AUGUUCAACCCUCGGUUUCUCGUCAUCAGCCUUGGGAACCCGCUGCCAAAGUACGAGAGCCUGCAUUCGGCUGGCCAUUUUGUCCUCAAUGGCCUCACGAAAGCUCUGCAACAGCCAGCGUUCCGCGAGGUGACGCUUGGUCGACAGUCUUAUCUAGUAUCCCAGGGAUCGAAAUACAUUCUUGUGCAAUCUCCAACUUAUAUGAAUGUCUCGGGAGGGUUUGUGGCCAGUGUAUGGCAGGAUACAGUCAAGAAAUACGGCUCUGAGUCUCUUGGUCUGGUGAUAGUUCACGACGAGUUGGAGAAGGAUCUGGGAGUUGUCAAGCUGAUUCCCUGGGACCGCAGCCCUCGGGGUCACAACGGCAUCAAAAGUGUUAGGUCAUCACUUUCGCCGAAAAAGUAUCCGGAUUCACUGUUCGCUCGAAUUGCCGUUGGCAUUGGCCGACCCGAGGAAAGGGAUGCGGCUACAGUGAGUCGCUAUGUACUCAAAAAGAUAUCUCGCGAAACCCGGACAACAUUAGAGGAAGACACCCCUUGGGAUGUCGCAAAGUGCCUCAUAGAACUGGAGAACCAAUGGAGAAACGAGAUUCUGGGAGGCUCGGGAGGAAACGUAGAACCAUGA